AUGGAGGCAUACCAUCUUUGGAUCGGCGGCCAGACGGUGGCUGGAAAUGGCCAAGAACUGACUAUCAAGAGUCCAGCCACCGGGGAGCUGGUUGCGAAAUGUCAUACAGCGUCAGAGCAAGACAUCGAUAUCGCAGUCCGGGCGGCGCAGAGUACGUUUGAGUCAGGAGUCUGGUCAAAAUGCCCACGCCAGACGCGAGCAGAGGUACUAGAAAAGGCCGCCACCUUGCUCACCGACAACCUGGAGGAACUCAUCUUGCUCGAGGUUGCGCAGACCGGGCGAGCCAUUCGUGAGAUGCGAGCUCAAGUGCCCUCUCUCGUCCGCUGGUUUCGGUACUACGCAGCCUUGCUCCGCACCGAAGAAAGGGCUGUGCUUCCCACUUCUGGCAAACUUCACAACUGGGUUGACCGCGUGCCCCUCGGCGUCGUGGCGCAGAUCACUUCCUUCAACCACCCUCUUCUGAUUGCGGUCAAGAAGCUCGCCCCUGCGCUGGCAGCGGGAAACAGCAUUGUCCUCAAGCCUAGCGAGCUGACACCGCUUACAAGCCUGAGGCUGGGGCCAAUCUUGAAAGCGGCAGGCUUGCCCGACGGUGUGUUCAAUGUCGUCCCUGGCUUUGGGGCCGUCACUGGAAGAGCGCUCACCACCCACCGUCUGAUCAGAAAGGUUGAUGUGACUGGCGGCACCGCAGCAGGGCGCCUCAUCGGGGCCGCGGCUGGGCAGAACUUGGCUCACCUGACUGCCGAGCUCGGUGGCAAGGCGCCAGUCGUGGUCCUCAAGGACGCCGAUAUCGACGCUGCUGUGAACGGUGUCGCCUUUGGGGCCUUCAUCGCAAGUGGCCAGACAUGCGUUGCAGCAACGCGCAUACUCAUCGACAAGAGCAUCUCCCUAGCCUUUCUAUCCAAGCUGAUCGAAAAAGCAAAAAUGAUCCGCGACAACAUGGGACUUCCCACCAAUCCAGCCUCGUCCAUGGGUCCUCUCAUUUCUGAACGGCAACUGGACAACCUGCAAAGCCUCGUCGACGAUGCAGUAGCUGAUGGUAAUGCCAAAGUCCUCUUCGGAGGAGCACGAUUGAGGGGUUCGUCCAAGCUCGACGGUGCCGACUUUGGUUACGGAUUCUUCUUCCCGCCAACCAUCUUAUCUUCCACUGUUGACAACAAUAUCACGCGUAGCAGGAUCUGGCGCGAAGAAGCUUUCGGGCCCGCGAUAGUGGUUGCCGAGUUCGAAACAGUGACUGAUGCCAUUGAGCUGGCCAAUGAUACCGAGUUCGGCUUGGGCGCUGCAGUUUGGACCAGGGAUAUCAGCCAGGCCUUUGAGGUUUCGCAGAGCAUUCAGGCUGGCAUUGUUUGGGUAAAUACGCACCAUCGCAAUGAUCCCAGCAGCCCUUGGGGAGGGGCCACCAACGCCAGCGGCGUAGGUAGUGAGAACGGGAUAAGCUCAUACCACGCCUACACUACCAUGAAGAGUACCAUCAUCAACUACGCAUCCACCGAGGAAGCACGGGAGCUGGAGGACUGGUUCGGAGGGGAAGAUAGGCAGGUUCGAUACGGAUGA